UUCUGGGAUCGGAUCUGAAAAAAAAAAAACCGAUUCCGCGGCAUACGCCUCCCUCGCCUCUCUCGGCACCCUUCCGCAUUAUCUCGCGUCGCCACUCUCGUCACCCUUCCGCAUCAUCUUGCGUCGCCAUCACGCCACCGCCGCGCACAUUCUCUGUCGCUCUAAUGGGACCGCUGCGCACGCGGGUGGAAUCUUGGAUCAAAAGAACGGGACUGCGAGGGUGGGGAUCUCGUGGCCGCGCCCCACGCCGCAGCAGUGACGAUGGCCGCCGUGGAAAAGCGAGAGCGAUCGGAAGAAUCAGGAGAGGGCCCUCCGAGAAGCGCUCAAGCGGCAUCUGCGGCAGCUUAACGACCUCUGUCGCGCCGUCAAAGCAGAAUCCAUCGCCGAUCUUCAAGAGAUCCUCUGCUCUAUGAUUCUCUCCGAGUGCGUAUAUAAGAGGUGACACGAGUCACACGCUAGUAGUUGGAACCCGGAACUAGACAUAAUAGACAGCGGAUUAGGCAUAGCAAAGUGUCACUUCUUUCUUGGACAAUCAGAUUGAUCUUCAACUCGAGAUGAAAUGUCAUAGUUCACUGUGUUUGGUGUCUGAUUUCAGAGGACAAAUUGUUUCUAUUGAGCGAGUUCAAUCCUCUUUGGACCAUGUGCCCCAUAGGUACCUAUUAGCUGAGUCAGGGGAUACCAUUUAUACUUCAUUCAUUGGCACAAAACAAUACAAAGAUGUCAUAGCUGAUGCAAAUAUACUUCAGGGAGCCAUAUUCCAUGAGGGUAAUGCUGUGGAUGAUUUGAGUGAUAUUGAAUCUGAUCAUGCUGGCAAGGAAAAGAAGAUUGAUGAAAACCUUGGAAAGCCAAUUCAAGCAAAACGGAAGCGAUUGAGAGAAACUCCAAAGCCUGCUGCGCAUAGGGUGUGUGUUGCUGAUAAAUUUACUUAUUUGAGAGAAACUCCAAAGCCUGCUUUGAGAGAUUACGUUCACCAGAAAGGAUGGCAAGGCUACUUCAAAACAUAUUGCAUUCCUGAAGAUUUGGUUCCACGUAUCUUGUCUCCUGCAUAUUUUCAUCAUUAUAAUACACAAGUUCAGCAACCAUCUUUACAUGAAUGUUCAACAUAUGAAGAAGAGACAAGUAGGUCAAGUUUUCAAAAGGACAAAACAAACGAUGGGGAAGAGUUAGUCCUUGGAGUUGGCCCUGUUCAGACCUCGAUAUGGAGACUCACAAAUCUUGCUCCUUCAGAGGCUGUUUGUAAGCAUUUAAAUGUGUCUUCACUUGAAAAUUAUAGCUCUCAUUCUGCAUUUACCACAGCCGUCUCAGAGCCACAGUCAUUGGAAAUCCAUGAGGAUUCUGAUGGCUUUUUUUUACUCCUCUUGAUCCAAUGGGACUGUUGCAAAUGAAAGCCAUGUAACUGGGAAAAACAGCAGCAAAAUUAGGGAGUCAAGGCGGUAGCACAGAGUUCCGUUAUUGCCUUCUUAUGUACCUUUUGGACAGAUCUACUUGAUAGGAAGUUCAUCGGUUGAGUCACUUUCUGGUGCAGAAUACUCGGAAUUGACAUCGGCAUUUGCAGGUUAGGUCUGUCAUAAUAGAAUUAAGGGAGUGCUUCAAUCACAUUCUAUGAAGUCAUAUAGGUCUCGCUUUCAGAAACUAUAUGUAUGUGUGCUCCUCCCUUUCGUGGGAUGGAGCAGUUACCACAUUUUCCACACUAAUUACUUGGCUUAGCAGCUCUUGGUGCUGUAGAGUUUGGCCACAUUAUGGAACCUCAUGUUAUCCAAAUUGCAACUUCUAUUCUUCCUCUUGGUUGAACUGGAAUUCCUGGUGAUAAAAACGUGGGGCCUAUGAAAGCUAAUAUUGUGUGACAUGGGUUUCACCUUUGCCUUAUACAAGCUCAAGUAAAUGAAAGCUGGUAUUCAACAACAGUGGAAAACUUACCUUCAGUGCCACCUCCAUCCUCAACAAAUGAUGGGAUGCAACCACAGACACAAGAGAUGCGGAUCUUAAUUUGCCGUCCUUUAAAACAUCCACCAGAAUUUCCAGUUUUAAAUGUUUCUUUCAUUUCAACUCAAUUGCAGAGCAUACCAGCUUAGAUCCAGACUAUGAAAUUGGCUCUCUGUUUGAAGACAGAAAUACAUGUAGUGAUGGUCCGAACAACUUUGUUUUAUACUGUACCAGUGACUUCUUUACCAUCUCCAAAGAGGUUCAUGUCAGAACACGAAGAGUGCGAUUAAUUGGGUUUUAGGUAUCAUAUUUUCAUGCUAGAUAAUAUUUUUGAUCUUUCUGGGGUUUAUAUGCUUUUGAGGGUGCUGGAAAGACUAGUUUAUUUAUUGCAUUGCUGGAUCAUAGUCAGAGGAAUAGAGCAAAGCUUGA